AUGAAUUCAGUAGAACAUGGAAGGAGAAUGAUAGAUCAAUUAAGAAAGGAAAAAGAUCUUCCAAGAACACCGGUUUCAAGGUCAGCGGUAGAACUUGUAAAGUGGACACAGGAACACAAAACUGAUGAUGUAUUAAUGAAUGGAUUUGGAGGAGAUCGUGUAAACCCAUGGAAUCCUAAAAGUGGUGGCCUUUGUACUCUUAUUUAG